AUGUGGAUUUAUUAUUCUCUUCUUCAAAUUGUAGUGGAUUGUCUGGAGGAACUGUUGUGCAAGUUGGGACUGGAACAACUCUAUCCAGGCAAGCUGACUCUCAGUUCUAUGUUGGAGAUCAGCCGAGAAAGCAUAACCGAUGAACAAAUGCCUUCACUCAGGACUCUGCCAUGGCUCUUUCUGAAGAGGUUAAUGAUGAUCAAUGCAGAUGCAAGAUGUAUUUCAUUCAACAAUGAGGAAGCAGACAUACAGAAGAUAGUGGAGAAUUUUGAGAGCAUGAAGAGCAUUGUCAACCUCUACAAUGAAGAGAGUGCUGAUGAAAAUCUUGUGAAUCCUCUGGACGUCAUCACAGCUCUCUUCCUCUGUGCAGACAGCUUCUUCCGUCAGGAGAUGAUGCUGAAGAUGUCCAUGUGUCAGUUUGCUUUGCCUCUCCUGUUGCCUAAAGGUCAUGGUAACCAGUGUACCUUAAUGCUGUGGGCCCUACAGGAUAUCCUGAAGGAGUGGAGACCCCAUUAUUUGGCUGAAACUAGGGGGUUUGAAGAAGACAACAUUGUCCAUGCUGAGAUGCCUCUCAUCUCUUUCGUCAGGCUGAGAGACUGCAGUUUCUCCAAGUCGCAGGUUCUCAAUCAAGUGUUCAGCAAUCCUCAGCAGUUCCACAACUUCUUCAUGCACAGGGGCAUGGAGUGUGGGGACAUUCCCAGGACAGUCUCCAGUGGCUUGGUGGAGAUCUUCUGGUACCUCCCUUGUGGGAACAAAAACCUUGACAUCUUCCCAGGUCCUGUGGCCAUCACCAACUUGCGAGGUGAUAUCUGUAGCUUUCAAACACAGUUCACCUUUCUUAUGCAAACAUCAUCAGCUGUUUUUGUUUUUUUGGACAGAAUGCAGGAGGCGGAGUACAAUUUCAUGGCAUCUUUAAAUACUAUCUCAACUGAGCUGUUUCUGGUGAUUAAUUCUGAAGGAGUGAAGAAUAAGAUGGAUUCUGAUGCAAUAACAAAUAUAGUGAAAGCACUUAAAUUAGAACCAAAAAAUAUGUUAAUUAAAACACAAAGAGUGAAUGAAGCCAAGUUUGCUAAUAUGCUAAGUGCAGCCAUUAAAAGAGUCAUGCAAAGUAACUGCAAAAGAUUUAAUUUGCAAAGCAUAUCAGCUAAAGCACAGGACUUGGGCAUCUCACUUGAUGAAGUUCAUGAUAGUGUAUCAUGCAGCAUUGCAAAAACAAGAGCUGAAGAAAUCAUCAAAGGGAUUGGGGUGCGUGUUAUAACAGAGUACAAGGCAAAAUAUUUGCCUCUUCAAGGUGAGCUAUGGAGGAGACUGGCAAAACUGGAGAAAGAGGAGUGCAGACUCAAGAACUCGGGAGACCAGAGAUUGGAGGAGUAUAAAUCUCAGUUAAAGGAUGAGAAACAGCGCAUUAGAGAAGACCAGAGCAAGUACAAAGUGACAAGACCAAUGUGGAGCUUCAUUGAUGCUGUGUCAGCCCCAGACAGAACAGAGAGAAUCUUCUUUCUGAAGUGGCUGAGGAUUAAGCUGGAUAUGACUUCGCGCAAACGCAUUUCUGUCCUGCGCCACAGAUACAAUGAGCAGUGCAACAGUGCAGCCCAAGACAGGAAAGCCAUUGCAGAGUUGGACCAACAACUCCUUGACAGCUCUCUGGGGAUUGAGCAUUACAUGAGGGAGAUGGGCCAGAUCUAUGAGGCUUCCCUUUGUGGCUCAGAAACUAAAUCUCCACAAGUACUCCAUCUCCCUAGUCUGGCUGCUGACCUCCUUCUAGAUGGCUUCCCACUGGAGCUUGUGGAUGGAGAUGCAUCCAACAUCCCAGUGAGGUGGGUGAGUGAUGUUCUGAUGCAGCUCCACAAGAAGGUUGGUGAAUGUAGCCGGCUUUUAGUGGUAGCUGUGCUUGGGGUCCAGAGUACGGGCAAAUCCACGUUAUUGAACACCAUGUUUGGGGCCAACUUCUCUGUCAGCAGUGGCAGGUGCACCAGGGGUGCCUUUAUGCUGUUCCUCAGAGUAAAAGAGGAGCUAAAAGAGGAGCUGGGUUGUGAUUUCGUACUGUUGAUCGACACAGAGGGCCUGAAGUCCCCAGAGCUGGCUCAGCUGGAAGACAGCCAUGAGCACGACAAUGAACUGGCCACACUGGUGACAGGCCUCAGUGAUGUCACCAUUAUUAACAUUGCCAUGGAGAACUCUACUGAAAUGAAGGACAUCCUGCAGAUUGUGGUACAUGCCUUCCUCAGGAUGUCAGAGGUAGGCAAAAAGCCCAAGUGCCAAUUCGUGCACCAGAAUGUGCCUGGAGUGUCAGCACACAAGAAGAACAUCACAGAAAGGAAGCAACUCCUUGAACUGCUGAAUGAGAUGACACAGAUAGCAGCUGCUAUGGAGAAGCAGCCUACAGUAAAAAAAUUCACUGAUGUGUUGGAUUAUGAUGCUGAUAAGAAUAACUGGUACAUCCCAGGGCUCUGGCAUGGCACCCCCCCAAUGGCACCAGUCAACACAGGGUACAGUGAAGCUGUGUAUGAGUUCAAACAGAACCUGUUUGGAGUUCUAAAAAGCUGCAAAGAUGAGAAACCUCCCUCCCAGAUACCAGAGUUCCUGCUGUGGAUGAGUAGCUUGUGGAAAGCUGUGAAAUAUGAGAAUUUCAUUUUCAGCUUCAGAAACACACUGGUGGCAGAUGCUUAUAACAACCUGUGUAUUGAAUUUUCAAACUGGGAAUGGUCUUUUCGAAAGCAUAUGUACUCUUGGUUGGCCAAUGCAGAGGAUCAUAUUUCUAACUUUCAGUUGGAUGGAAGUUCUGAUGAGAUUAGCAGUUUGGAAGUAUUGCUGAGACAUUUGAAAAUGGAGGCAUCUUCAGAACUGACAUCUGAAGAAAAGAUGAUGAUGGAUAAACUAAAGAAAUAUUACGGAAGAAAAGAAAGACACAUCCCUCUGGUAGAGAAGUACAAGGCUGACUUUUUAAACAGCAUCAAAUGUCUUCGAAAAGAAGUAGAGCAUUCUUUGAAUAACAAGUUGGAAAAUGCUGUUGAGCUUUCAAAGGGAAUGACAAAGGUGAAAGAGAUUCAUCAUGAGCAUACAGCCCUGGUUGAACAGAAGGUAUUACAGUUGUUGGAGCAUUGCAAGAACAGAAAUAUACCUCUGAGCAACCAGCAGCUCAAAGAAGAGUUUGAAAAGAUGUGGAAUGACACAGUAUCUAAGCUGAAUUUUCGAGGUCUGGAACGAAAAGAUAUUCAUUCAAUUGUGCUUCACCAGCUGAGACACAAUUUAGACAGACGUGGAAGUUCAGUUAAUGAGGAACUGAACAAGAUUGAAAAUUUAGUAGAAUAUGGACACAAAAAUUUUGAAGCUCGUGGCAGACAUUUAAAAAAGAGGGAAAAAAUUCGGAAAGUGUUUCUUAAAAAUGAUAAAAAAGCACAAGUACAAAAAGUUGCAGACGCUAUCUUUAAGGACUGCGAGCAAUUUGUUUUAGAAAAAACACACAAACUGAUGGAUUUCAAUGAGAUAUACAUCCAAGAGUUGUUACAAAAUAUUGAUGAAUUCUUGAAAAAAAACACACAUCUUCCAACGAACUCCAAGUUUGAGGUAGACCUAAAACUCUGCAUUUGUGGCUUUGCUGCCCAGGCCUUCCAUCAGAUGCAUGAGAACUUCCUCAGAGAAAAAGAUCCUCGCAGACACCUUGAGAAGUUCAAAGCUCAGUACUGUUCAGAUUUCCAGGACCUGUACAACAAGAAGGAUCAGGAUCAAAAGACAGCUCAAGACUUCACUGAUCUGUGCCUCAGACCUGCAGUGGUAGAGUCCAUCAGGAAGGCUCUGGGGAUUGAACUUGUGGAUGAGAUCUUAGCCAGCAGCCAGUCUGUGCAUUACAGUUCACGGUACUUCUUUCAGUUCACCAUUCUGAAAGAGCUGUUGGAGAAGAAUAACUUUCAUGAUUAUGUUUCUUAUAUUCUAACAUAUGAGACUUAUGUCAAGGACUGGAUAUUUAAUCACAUCAUGGAACAUUUUUCAAAAGAAGCUUCUGUUGUUGGUUUGAAAGUAAAAUGCCUUGAGAACAUAAUGGCAAAGGUUGAAAGGGCUAUAGAAAUGGCAAGAAACCAUCUUCCAUCAAACUACAGUGAAAACCCUGCAGAGUUUCUUCAGCGUGUGUGCAGGGCCCUGGGCACAGACAUAGUCAUUCCACUGGAUGCCAUAAGAAGAUUACAGCUUCACACCCCAACCAAGUGCGAUCUCUUUGCACAGUGUCUCUUAGCUUCUGUGAAGGAAUUGAAGGCAAGGCUACAAGCAGAAUUCUCUGAAAUAUCAGAUAUUAAAGGGACCCUGGUGAACCUCCCUGUGAGACCCCAGGAUGAACUGUUUAAAAGGGUGUUUGGCUGUGGGGAACAGUGCCCCUUCUGUAAGGUUCCCUGUGAGGCUGGGGGAAGAGAUCACAGAGAACACUAUGCCUUGGUACAUCGACCUCAAGGCCUUGGCUACAGUAAAUAUGUCUUUAAUAACAAACUGGUGGAGACAAUUUGCACAUCUGAGAUAUGCAGUGAACACACAUUUGAGAACAUUGACACACAAGAGAAACCUCACCCAUUUAAAGAUUACAAGGCUGUUUACCCAGACUGGAAUAUUCCCCCAGAUAUCAGCAUAGAAGCCUCAGACUACUGGAAGUAUGUGUUGGUGCAAUACAAUGAGUUAUUUGCAGAGUGGUAUAAUGUGGUUCCAGCUGAUUUCCCACCAGACUGGAGAAGUAUUACCCAGCAAAAAGCCCUGGAUAGUUUAAAGACAUCUUUUAACAUCAAAUAACUGGACUGAAGUUCUUGUUCUUUGUGCCUUCUGUGAGCCACUGACGAUCAUCACUCUGCAUCUACAGUAUAUAGGAUUUCUGUUUUCAAUUUCUUCUGGUAAUGUCAAUUAAAAUUCCACUUCUUCUCA